AUGGUUGCUACUCCAGACGGCGCUUCAGUCAAAUCAGCAGCAGUUAGAAAGAGAAGAGCUGCUACCUUUAGAUAUAGACCCCAAGGUGAGAAUGAUGGGUCUGGCUAUAACAGUGUUGUUAUGGCAAGUGGUGUUCAUACUCCAGCUUACACAACUGGUGCUCAUACCCCGGCUUAUACUACUGGUGCUCAUACUCCAAUGGAAGCUUCUCAAGCACCCUCUAUGCAAUACCCUAUAGCUGAAAUCGUUCCUAAUACUCAUUUUGCAGUUAGUGAUGCUUUGAGUCAUCAUGAACUAGCUGACGACCUCGUCAAUGAUGAAGAAGAGGGAGGCGAUGGAUAUCAAACUCCAGGUGGACAUUAUGAGCAACCAUCUGUGGUGAUCAAACCAAAGCAAAUAUACCAGAACCCUCAAACUCCAACCAUCUUACCACAAGGUUAUGCACCAGUGAAUUUAUGGUCAGAAUUAAAGGCCAAAUACCUUAAGGAGUUUUUGGCUGAAUUUCUUGGCACAUUAGUUUUAGUCUUACUCGGUGAUGGUGUGGUUGCCCAAACUAAACUAUCCCAAAAGGGUACUGUUCUUUCGUUUGAAUCAGCGUUAGCCGAUUUGAAAGCACAAUAUAAUGAUACUGAAACCGACUCUUUUGCUGCUAUUGCUCAACUAAUGGCCACGACUUUGGUUACUCCUUCUAAUGCAGGUGAUUUCGUUACCAUUGCUAUAACCUGGGGUUGCGCAGUUAUGUUUGGAUUUUAUGCAGCUGGGGGUUCCGCCAUUUCUGGUGGACAUCUAAAUCCUGGUGUUACCAUUGCAAAUUAUUUUUUUAGAGGAUUUCCCUUGGCAAAAGUUCCUAUUUAUAUCUUUGGUCAAGUUUUAGGUGGUUAUUUAGGUGCGCUAAUUCUUUUUGGUACUUAUUUGCGUCCAAUAAGGGAGCUUUUCCCAGAUUACAAGCAGAACGAGACUGUUAUUGGUAUGUUUUGUACUGUUCCUCAAUCUUAUUUGCGUACCAAAGAUCAAGUUGUGAGUGAAUUUAUUGGUAGUGCUAUGUUACAAUUAGGUAUUUUCUCAUUAUGUGACCCAUAUACUAGUACAAGUGCAGAAAUGUUUCCCUUAAUGUUAAAUCUUUUGAUCGUUGCCGUUGGUUCUGCAUUAGGUUACCAAACCGCUUAUGCCUUGAACAUGGCAAGAGAUUUGGGUCCACGUAUGGCUUUGGCAUCUGUUGGUGUUUCCGUUCAUUUAUUAUUUAUUGCCCACAGUCAUUAUUUCUGGGUUCCAUUUAUUGUCACCAUUAUUGGUUGUUGUUUCGGUGCCUUGCUGUAUGAUUUACUAAUAUAUCAAGGUCAUGAAUCACCAGUUAAUAUUCCUGCUAUUGAACAUUGGUAUAAAUUUCAAAGAUUUUGCAGGAAAUUUAGCGGCAAUAGUUCUAGUUUAAAAGAUUUGGAAAGUAUUGAAAAUAAGAAUGGUAGUACCGAAAAGAAAAUUAGUGAUUCUGAAGAUGACGAUGAUGGAAUUAUCGACGAUGGAGGAUAUGAGGGUAAAGGUGUUUCUAGACACAUUUCUAAUGACAGUGCUAACAGUAAAUCUAAGAAAGUUCAUUUUAAGUCGACCAAUACUAAUAGAAAACUAAUUCCAACUGUAAUGGAAGACUGA